GCUCAAUCGUGAAGCAAACUUGCACAAUCUGGCCAUUGAGAUUUACACGUGUCACAAGAUGGUUAAAAGUAAAAUUACAGAUGUCCCAAGAAGAAUAAAUAUAAAAUAUGCAAAAACAUUCACGACCCACUAUCUUUGCUAAUCUCAACUGCAACGUUGCAACUCCUCAAUUGUCUUCCAAUCAAGUGGUGGGACGGUUACAACACGAUAUGCAUGUCUGGGCAUGGCACAACUACGGCAGUUCAACCCCAUCGCAUCAUUAUAUAUAUUCUGCAACACACGAGUUCAAUCUAUCAAAAUUCGGGAGUACUCAGCAUUGCAGAGGGUUGAAGACUAGGUUGAAAAUGUUGUUCAACAGGAUUCAGGAGCUUAACACCUCAAAGAUUAAAUGGCGUUCAGAGGCUACAUCUAUCCAGUCCGAGAACCUGGGGAUACAGCGGUGGUCUCCUGAACAUCGACCGCAGACGAAGUACGGCAAGGCAUGCACUAAUGCAACGAUUCCCAGCAGUACUAUUGUGCUGACUGCUGAGUGUUUGUGAGGAAGAGCGUAUGAGUGAAGAACGGUAGCAGACUCUGGAGAGUUCCAGAGAUGCGGUAGUGUAGAGUGAGAAUGAAGUUAUGAAGCAAUGGAUAAGCUUUAUACGGAGUACUGUAUAUACUUCAGAUAUAGAUAUGUGUAGGGCUUAUUAGUGAUUGGGCCAAAAUGUAUGGGCCGAUCAAACCUAGAAGUCCAGAUUUAUGUUGUUCUGGUAUAAUUAUUAAUUUAUUACUACCUUCGUCCCAUUUUAUGCUUCUCAUUUGAGAUUGACACAAUUAUUAAUAAAAUAGUUAAAAAAGUAAAAGUUGUCGUUGAUAUUUGAAUAUAUAAUAAAGUGAAAUAUUGUGUAUCACAUAUUUUUCCAAAAAUAGAAAUGUGACACUUAAUUUGGGACAACACAAAAAAACAUGUUAAAAUGACACGGAAGGAGUAAUUAUUAUUAACUAAUACAAAGUAAUAACAUAAUAAUGUUUUUUUAUGAGCCGAUCAAAUAUAUAGGAGUCCAUAUUUCAUAAAAAUGAAUGAACUGGAUGUUUCAAAUAUAUGUGUUGUUUCAUAAAUACAUUUGUACAACAAUUUAUAUUUGUUUCAAAUUAUUAUUUAUUUUGUUAUGUGUGUUUCAUUGUUGUUUGAUAC